AAUGAGAUAGUAAUUGUGUUUGAUCGCGUCCUCCGUCUUGGGCGGUGUGAACGAGGCGGCGGAGAAUGGAAAACGCCGAUGUAUUCUUGGGCUUACAGGACUUCCUCGAGCGCAUGCGGCAGCCCUCCGCCGCUGAAUUCGUCAAAGCAAUCAAAAGUUUUAUCGUUUCAUUUUCGAACAAUGCUCCUGAUCCUGAGAGGGACAGUGCCUUGGUUCAAGCGUUUCUUGCGAAAAUGGAAGCGGAUUUCAGGGCUCAUCCACUCUGGGCUGGUUGCUCUGAAGAGGAACUCGAAAGUGCCGGUGAAGGGCUUGAGAAGUAUGUCAUGACAAAGUUGUUUGCUCGUGUAUUUGCUUCAGUUCCAGAUGAUGUAAAACUUGAUGACCAACUUUCCGAGAAGAUGGCUUUGAUUCAACAAUUUGUUCGACCUGAAAAUCUGGAUAUCAAGCCACCAUUUCAGAAUGAAUCAUCGUGGUUGCUCGCACAGAAAGAAUUACAGAAGAUCAACAUGUACAAAGCACCAAGGGACAAACUUGUGUGUAUUCUGAAUUGUUGCAGGGUUAUUAGCAACUUGCUGCUUAAUGCUUCGCUUGCUUCCAAAGAGAAUCCUCCGGGAGCUGAUGAAUUUCUUCCUGUUCUUAUAUAUGUAACGAUAAAGGCAAACCCUCCACAACUGCACUCAAAUCUACUGUACAUACAAAGGUUUAGGCAUCAAUCUCGAUUGGUUGCUGAAGCAGCAUAUUAUUUUACCAACAUGCUCUCUGCUGAGUCCUUCAUCUCAAACAUUGAUGCAAAAGCCAUUUCAAUGGAUGAAGCUGAGUUUGAGAGUAACAUGGAAUUUGCUCGUGCUAUGCUUUCAGGCAUUUCAGUUGAUACACAAGAUCCUGGUUCACCUUAUCAAAAUAAUGGACAGCAUCCGGUAGCAGAACCCACUAGGCACAAAAUUAAAGCUUUGAAUGAUAACAAGGACUCUGCACUACGAACUCCGUCAUCUGUUGCAAGAUCAGAAGGCAAGAAAGUUGCUUUUGCAGAUGAAUUACUGAUGACAAAAGUUCCAUCCCUCUCUGAUUUGGAGAAUAAAGGGGCAAAUAUGAUCCUGAAGGAGGACAAGUUGAAUGAAGUUUUUGGGGAGUUUCCAUAUUUGUUUGCUAGUGUAGGGGAUCUAACAGUAAGUGAUGUUGAAGACCUACUAAAUAAUUACAAACAACUUGUUUUCAAGUAUGUCUCUCUUUCUAAAGGAUUAGGUGUCUCUCCUACAUCUCAGCCGCCAGCCGCCCAAAAUAGAUCUGACGACCGUGCUGAAACAACAAUAGAUUCUUCAGACGGUGGACCUCUAGAUGAGAAUAAUAAAUCAGAAGAAUCUAUUGAUAAAACAGAGGAUAGUUUGGAUAAAGUUUCACCUAUCGAGGAGCAAACAAUUGAGCCUGGUUUGUCACAGGAUGAGCCAGCUGCUCCUGAGGGUGAUGCCCCGAUAAAGUAAUGAGAAAUAGCUUCAACCGUUUUCUACAGCACCACAUACCCCAUUUUUUCUCCUUUUUUUUUGUCUGUAAAUCUAUAUGAUGUUCUUUGAGUAGUGGCUGCUCUCUUUCCUUGUCUCAGGAAUGGCCAUACCAUGACCAACAUGCCCUGUAACAUUGUUCUAAAGUAGAUUUUAGGGCUGCAACAAAUAGAAAUUGUACGUUUCGUUGUGAUGCAAAAAGAAUGCGAAGAUUUGAAUGUGGUUGUUUU